AUGCUGCUGGAACAAAAGAAAAAUGGUACGGCGGACGAAGCCCGCCUGACAGUGAAACGGGGCUCGCAGAACAUCAAGGACCUCGGCCGUGUGGUGGCGCUGAACGGUAAGGCUGAGAUGAAGGUGUGGGAUGGACCAGAGUGCAAUCAGAUAGAGGGAACUGACACCACUAUCUUCCCGCCCUUCACACAGCCCAGCGAAGACUUGACAUCAUUUUCGCCCGAUGUUUGCAGAUCAAUGGGAGCCAAAUACCAGAGACCAUCCUCAUACAAGGGCAUCAAGACCAACUUCUACACAGCCAGCCUGGGCGACAUGUCCAAGAAUCCUGAAGAGAAGUGCUUCUGUCCCACUCCCACCACAUGUCAUAAGAAGGGCAUCUUUGAUAUCACCAAGUGCACAGGAGCUCCAAUCUGGCUGUCACUGCCACAUUUCUAUGAUACAGAUCCAUUCUACUUGUCUCAAGUCGAGGGAUUGAGUCCUGAUAUAGAAAAACAUCAGAUCUUUGUUGAAUUUGAACCGUUUACAGGCACGCCAUUGGCUGCUAGGAAGAGAAUGCAGUUCAACAUCCCCAUUCACAAAAUCAAGAAAAUCGAACUGAUGAGGGAGCUACCCGACGCUCUCCUUCCAAUUUUCUGGAUCGAAGAGGGUCUAGAACUGGGCGACGAAUACAUCGACCUAUUGGAGAACAAGCUGUUCCGCACGAUGCGAAUGGUGGGCGUGGCCAGAUGGGUGAUGCUAAUCGUCGGAUUGGCUAUGAUUGGCAUCGGAGGCUACGCCUACUUCGCCAACCCUCAGACUGUGGACCUAGUCAAGCAGCCGGGACCGCCUCCAUCCGAGAAGCACAGCGCUAGCAGUGUGUCACCUCGCUACUAAUAAGCAGGGUUUCAUAAGUGAUCUACACUUGACAUCAGUGUGAAACCUUGCUACUGAUAAACUGUGUUUCAUAAGUGAAUUAUUGCAAAGUUUUCAAGCUGUAUAAUUAUAUUAUUCAUAGCUGUAUAAUUCCAGCUUCGGAGAAUUGCUCACUGAUAGAAGGAUUUCCCUGUCCAAAAAUUAGUCCUUAUAUUACUAUAAAAUUCAUUAGAAAUUGCGGUUAUCCAUUUGCUUGAAUACUAUUAUCAUAGUGAAACGAUAGCAUAAGGUGUUGUUUCUACGUUAUAAGGUAUUGUUUUGUAUGCAUAAGGUAUGCGUACCUUUCUUAUUUUAUUGUACACAUAAGGUAUUGUUUUUAUUUUUACGCUAUUGUUUCUCUAUGCCAUUACUGUAUAAUGAUUAUUUCAAAUGUUUAAUGAGUGCUAUAUGAAUAGAACUAAGGACUUCUGCCACUGCAUUUAUUAGAAUAUAAACCACAUUUACCUCGCACUUUAAAUGAAAUUUUCUAUAACUAUCAUUCAAGGCCCACUGCAAAUACAUAUGUCACAUAUCGACUGGAGAGCAGAAGGAGAUUUAAAGGAUAACUUAUUGUUCAAAAACUUUGAUUCCCGGUCUGGCAAAGUUUUCGGACAGUUUCAAUUUUUAAAUUCCCUCUUGCUAUUUAUUUAUUUUAUUUUUUGUGCAACCAGGUCUCAGUAUUUAGUUCUCCAGUCAAUAAAUGCAGUAGAAGAAGUCCUCAUUUCUACCCAUAAAGCUUCCAUUGAAUAUUUGAAUUAACUUUUAUACAGUAAUCAUCAUAAAAAUAUUAGUAGAAGUCAUCUAAUAAACAUAGAGUUGUCUGGAGAGAAGAAUUAUGAUGAAGAUAUUGAUCCCUCACCAAUAAUCAGUAGGCUAUAAUAAACUUUUGAAAAAAAUUGGAAAUGUUUGGAAUACAUUAAUUUCAAAUUGCUAUUUUAGGCGAUUGACAAGAGCUACUAUCUAGGGAUAUGGGCAAUUCUUCACCAAAGUAACAAACUCCAAUAAUAAAUUCACAAUUAUGAAUGUGAAAAAUCGCUCUUUAGAAAAACAAAUCAAAACUGUAAUCCCACAUCGACUUGAUGGAACCUAAUAUAAAUUACGGAAUUCUAACCAGAAUUUUUGAAAUUUCAUGUAUUUAAGUAUGUAAUUUUUGUAUAGUUUUUAAAAUCAAAGAGAUGAUAACCAAACAGCUAAUAAAAGAAUAGUCUUGAUCAUAGAUUCUGAAUAAUUUCUCCACUAAAACUCAAGUCUAGAAAUCACAGACCAUGAUAAAUGAACAAUUGCUUACCAUAGAAACAGAUUCAAAUAAUAUUUAGAACUAUAUAAUUUGUAUUGUGAUUUUUUGCUCCAAAAAAACUGAAAUUUUUGGAACUAGAGAGAGUUGAUUGUGAGAUUUUUCUGACCAAAUGAACAAAUUACUAAGUCAUACAGCAUAAGUUAGAAAUAUUUGCUCAUGAAAGGAAAAAGGAUUGCAAAUAAAUCAAACAGCAUAGGUUAGUAUUAUAGAUUUAUGAUAAUUUAAUAUGUGGUUAUGGAUAUGGCAUUUUAUAAUAAUAUAUCAUCCCUGAAUUAUACCACAGCCAUCUUUAAUACAUUAGAGGUGGCUAUGAUUAUACUCUUAUCAUACGAGAACAUGAUAAAACAGUUGAAGGGGUUAUAACACAAGGGGUCCAAGUGACAUAUUGUUAGUUUCGAGAAAAUUGAGCCUAAAGUUUACUUACAUUAAUUAGUUCUUCAUUCAUGACAUGAAUAUAGAAAUGAUAUUCACCUAUUCCUAUAACUAUUCAGUGUACUUUUACCAAAUCAAACGUACAGUUUCAUGUCUCAAAUUGCUCUCCUUUCUCAAUUAUCAGCUAAAUAGUGAUAAGAAGUAUCACUUGUACCCCUUGUUUACCAAACAAAGCUCUAUUGUCUAGCUACACAUAAAUCUAUCAAAUUUACCAGCAAUUGAACAAUGAUUAAUGACCUCAUUGCAAUAUUAUCUAAUUCACUAAUUGGUUCUUGAGGUAUCUUCUGCUUGGUGACAUGGCUUAAUCAAGGUUAAAUUAAAUUUUAUGGAUACGAGCAGCCGUUGUCCCGUAAACAAGGGAUCCAAGUCACUUGGAACCCUUGUUUAAUCAAAUAAACAGCUGUUACCAGGUUUUACACCAGAUUUCAGCACUGAUUAGACUUACGCUUAUACCUCUUGUAUACUAGAUUCUUACCACUUUCAGCUAUCGAUUACUGUAGCUAACACAAAAAAAUGAGAAAUGUCACUUGGACCCCUUGUAUUCUGACCCCCUCAGUUGAUAAACUAAUUUUCUAAUCCUUCAAAAUCCUGGAUUCUAAAAUCCAAAAACAUAAUUAUCAGUCACUCAUUAUUGACGUCCUGAGUUCACUGUUUAUUCCCCAUUAUUUACUGAUUUUUUAAAUCAAAUUGAUGACCAAUUAAGAGUAUACUGUUUAAGGUUUAGGAGUGAAUUUAUACUCAUAAUAUUUCUACGGAUGAUCAUUUUCUUUAAUCAGGUUGUCAACCCACUAUUUUUCUUUCAAGCUUUAUAAUAUCCUGUAACAUAGUCUAGUACUCACGAAUUAUGAAUAAUAAUAAUAAUUGUAUAUUGGAGUAAACACUGAAUGCUAGAGAAUACACGGAAAAUCCAACUAGUGUAGGCCUAUAUUAUCAUAGAGAAAGGAUAAGCGUAAGUUUUGUUUGUCUCUGUUUGUUUAUAAACAAAUUAUUUGUUUGUCUCUGAUAUUAUUGAUUCAUAAGUUAUCUAUCUUGUAUAGUUAUAUAGAGGUAUAAUAGCAACAAAUUGUCAUAUAGACCUAUUGUCUUUUUAUAGACAUUCAAUGUUUGAUAUCAAGAAAUACCGUAUUUAGGUUUUGAAAAAUGAGUGGAAAGUGACCAAGUAACACCAUUCGAAUGAUGUUUGGUACCUAAACUAUCUAAUAAUGUUAGGUACCAAUUUCUAAUUAUAUUAUUAUAAUUAUCUUAUUAUAAGAAUGAGAUGAUCAAUGUUGAGUUAAUAUAUAAUACUAGUUUUCAUUGUCACAAAUAAUCACGAUGAUCGAGAUCUAUAUACAUAGGUUCAAUAUACUAUCACUUUUCAUCAUAAUAUACUUUGUUGGAACAAAUUUAUGACAAUCAUAUUGCAUACAUUUUAUUGGAUUUCUGCAGGAAUCUUAGCGCAGAAUACAAUAUACAUUACUGUAUUUUCCGAGAGCACCAUUAACAUAAUUUCCAUAUAAUUAUAAUAUACAUACGGUACCAUAAUAAUGCUCAAUUUUUAUUGAUAUUCAAAAUUGUUUGAUUGAUUGCAAAUCAUAGUUCGAUAUACUGGCUUCUAAUUUGUCAUGUGUCCUACAUAUUUAUGUGCCUUAGAUAUUAUGUGAUACAUGUUACGAUGAGGUGUUAUAGUUUGAAGUGUUGAUAAGUAUUGUUGAUAGUAGCUUAGAAGAGAAAAAAAUAGAGAGAAAAAAUAUUUUGUGAUGUUUGAAAGUAUUUUGUGUAAUAAAAUUAUACAUUAGUUAUGUGCUCCA